AUGGUGCACUUUGCUAUGCAGCAACAAGCAGUUGAGGCACAGGCCCUGGAGGAAGAAGCUGAGCAGGUAGCCACUGCCGAACAUGAGGCUGAGGAGGCUGAGGUAGCACGCGCUGCUUCUGCCCUUGAGGUGGCUGAGAAAGAUCAUCAGCGUGAGAUGUUCAGUGAGUUGCUUGAUGUGAAAAAGGGGAAUCAUCAGAUGGCUGCCCUAAAAGCCGAGUCCAUUCUUCCCCUCUCUCUCUUUCUUCAUUCUCCUUCUCCAUCUGUUCCUGCUAUGUCCUUCUCUUGUCCUAAGCCCUCCUUUGCCCAUUUGCCUUCUCAACCCAAUCCCUUGGUCGCCGAGUCCAACCUUGCAUCCACAACCACCACCUUGCAUUGCAUAAGCAUUGACCCGGUCACUUUGGUCACCCUAACCAAUAUGAACGGCAAGCCGUUGGCUGCUGCUGUUGUUGUUGAGUUUGCGCAUCAACAAACACCAUCUUUUGGCUGUGUCAUGCUUCCACUAGGCCCUGGUUAUGGCCAGAUGUCAACAGUUUGGGCCUCAGAGGAAUGGAAUGGUGCCAGUAAGGUCCUCAAGAACCCCCCUGGGCUAGUAUUUGGUGAUUGCCUAUCGAUGCUUGUCCAAUUUCUCGACCAUGGCGUUUUGCUGCUACACCUAGCCUGGUUAGGUGUCUUAUAUCAAGUAUGCCAACUAGCAAAAGGGGUGCAGUUUCCAGCCUGGGUGGACACCAAUAGGUAA